GAGAUAGUCUCGUUAUCAGCUUGGCUCCUUGCAAUAAAUACUGCCAGGCGAAGCUGCGAAUCUUUACAUUUAAAGAUGAAGUUGGCAGCGUGCCUUUUGUUAGCCCUGCUGGGCACAGCCCUGGGCUACAAAUCUUACUCGGGGUACCAGGUGCUGAAGACCAAGGUCCUGACCAAUGAGGAUGUUAACAAACUGACUCCUUUCCUUGAGCGACCCGAAUUCGAUUUCUGGAUAACUCCCCGCGUUGGUCGGUCGGCUGAAAUCAUGGCUUCGCGCGAAAAUGUUGUCAUCCUCAGGAACAACUUGAAGAGACUGAACCUGGAACCUCAACUCCUCAUUGAGGAUGUUGGAGUUACUAUUGAAAAGGAACGUGCGGAAAUCGCUCAAAUCCGCGCCCAGGAAAAGAGAGAGGGUCGUGCUCCCAACCUGGACACUUUCCUCACCUUCGAGGAGAUCUUGGCCUACAUUGAUGAAGUGUCGGCCGCCUUCCCUGAUAUCGUCACUGUCAGCGACAUCGGCACCUCGACGGAAGGUCGUCCUCUCAGAUUGAUCAAACUGUCCAAUGGCCCCGGCAAGAAUGCCAUCUGGUUCGACUCCGUGUUGCAUGCCCGCGAGUGGAUCGGGCCCCCCACUGCCCUCUUCGCCAUCAACGAACUGACCGAAAACUUGGCCAACGGAAACAAUCAGGCUCUGCUCGACGCCAACGACUGGUACUUCCUGCUGGUGGCCAACCCUGACGGCUACGCCUACACCUGGUCGGACGACCGCCUUUGGAGGAAGACCCGCAGCCAGACUGGCGGACUCUGCACUGGCACCGAUCCCAACAGGAACUUUGACCAGUUCUGGAAUGAGGACCAAAACAGCAACACUUGCUCAGCAACCUAUCCGGGAGCGAACGCUUUCUCUGAGCCAGAGGCCAAGGCUAUUGCCGAUUUCCUCCUCGCUAACCCCAGCAUCACCGCCUACGUUUCCAUCCACAGUUACGGACAAUACAUUCUGUACCCGUGGGGUCAUACUACUGAGCUGCCACCCACCGUUGCCGAAUUGGACCGUGUUGCCCAAGAAGCAAAUGCUGCUAUUGAAUCUGUGAAUGGAAACUCUUACACUGUGGGUACUGCCGCAAAUGUGCUCUAUUUCGCUUAUGGAACGAGUCACGAUUGGGCCUACGCAAAGGCUAACGUUCCCAUUUCGUACACCAUUGAACUUCCCGGAGGUGGCUCGGCUGGCUUCAACCCCCCUGCUUCCUUGAUUGCUCCAACAAAUGCAGAAUGCUGGCAGGCGUACCAGGUGUUCGCCGCCAACCUCCCUGCUUCCAGGCCUUGAACGAUGUACUAUUCGUGUGAAAAUUAAACGAAGGAAUGAAUGCUAAACAAA